AGAAGGAAGAAGAAAAGAAUGACUUGGGUCAGAGGCACAAUUAGACCACCUUUGCCUUCACUUAAUAGUCAGAGCAACUGGGUUUUCAUUAAGUUGUUAGAGAAGCUCAAUUCUACAAGCAUCACCAAAUUGUGA